AUGCCGCUCCUGCUUGCACCCUACAAUGACAGCAUGCGUCUGGGCAUGGGGUUCAACUCGUACACCCAGACAAUGUGUAUCGACGGCGCCGUCGAGGCUACGGAUGAGACCAUGAUAACUACGAAGACACUCCAACCGAAAAUCACGUCCUCGUCCAAGCGCUUUGAACGGUUAUCCGAGGUCGUCGACAUGAUGGAUAUUUCACCCGCUGCCACCAUGACGACUGGGAGGAUGGAAGUCCACGGACACAUGAAUGUACUCAACGACACUAAGAUCGACGACGCUGAUAUUAGUCUGAUGGUAUCAGUACGGGUGAUGAGCGAAAUCACCAGUCUAAAAGGCUCUGCAAGAUUCCUUCCAAUCGAUGGCAUAGAGGCUGGCUCACCCAGAUUCAACGAGACGUUCGGAGACUCCUAUAUCUCUGGCUUUAUAACAGGCGGAUUGUUCAUGAACAUCAUCUCCUUCAUCGCCUCUGACCUGGAACACAAGAAUGAGAUGAUUGAAGCUGUCAAAAAAGGCUUGAUCGGCUCUGCCAUGGACUUGAGGAAUGUCUGUAAAGAAGUUGCGAUCACAUCUGUCAACCACGGCGUAGAGGUAACAGGCGUUACAGACGUCGCGUCUAUACUGAGAAUAGCUGGCGAAUUUCCUGCUCUUGUCGCCCAAGAUCCUCAGAAAACUUGGGCCAUACUUACCAAGUACAAGGCAAAUCGCAGCUUCAACGAAUGGUCAAGUCAUCAGAUCCUGAAGCCGCUCGAUUAUGACAGUGUUGCGUCAUAUACCUCUAAACUCUUUGAUAACUAUAUCCAGUACCACCACUUGUCAAGAAAGGUUCAGGAUAUCAUCUCUCAACGAGAUAAGUAUUGUCAGGUCGACAAACCUAGGGCUAUUCCAGUUGAACUAAACACUCUCCUUGCUGCACACAGUGCACUGGAUAAAGAGAUAAACAAGAUUGUAGAAGUGGUGAACACCUUGACACGACACCCAGAGCUUCUGCCCAGCAUCAACCUUCUGGACGCGAAUCUAAAGGACAGCCUUGUGCAAGACAUCGUCAACGAAGCCCUUUCGGAAUCUUCCCGACCUAUACCACAAGAAGGGUCCAUGGUGCAAGAAAAUCCUUUCCUGUCUCCUGUUGCGGACUACGCCUCGAGCGAGUCGAGCAGGGGCGUCGACGAGCUUCAUACACCUCGUACUUCUGAUAUUGACUCUUGCAGUAUCAGUGGCAGAUCUCUUGUAUUCCGAGAUGAAACAGAGCGCUCCACUGAUCUGGAAACGCGAAUGCUGGUUCCGCCUGAAGUCUGGGCGGACUUACUCCCUGUAAAGAAUGAUCCUCCGACCAGUCUCGUCGGCCAGCCAGCCAAGACCGCUCCAGCACUCAACACUCCAGCACCCACCGUCAACUACAAAGAGCUCCAGAUUCUUGCCGCUAUAUGUGGACCGUACGACGUGGCUGCUAAGCUUCAGGAUUGGGUGAGUCCCGGAGAAAACGGAGAUAGGCUGGUUAUCCCCUUGGAAGACAUCAAAACGCUUGAGGAAAACGAUGGCCGUAGGGGCUUACCACCAGGGACCACGACCAAGCUGUGGUUCGUCUACAAGUACACUGAUAUGCCUAUACGUAUCUUUUCACUUGAUUAUGACGCGCAGUCAACUGAAACACUGGAGAUUACGCAUGAUGGCCUGGAAGGUGCUGUUUUCUAUGCGUACUCGAGACUCAAGGGAAUUCAGAGCGCCGUUUCCAUGGGUACCGCAGGGAGCAUGUUGGUGGAUCAACAACAACUUGCCACCAGAGCCGAGGUAGUCAAAGAGGCCACAGAUGGCGUCUCGGAGAAGGAAAGCAUGGAGGUCAACCCAACCCAUGUCGCUCCGGCCAAAGGUAUCCACGCAUCUGACUACUCUUGUACCUUCCAGCGCGGCACCCUGAAAGUCAGUCCCUCCGAGACAGCCUUUCUACAGUUCGAGAAUGGCGUGAAGUUUUUCUUCCGAAACAACGGUAGAUUCGAAGUCCUUAACAAGCAUGAUGAGGUCUUUUGGUCAAGCGAGGAGGCACCGAAAGGUAUACUGGACGCCUUUGAUGAAGAACUUCACUCGCCGUGA